CUCACCGUAGACCCACAUCUCACCGUAGACCCACAUCUCAUCGCAGACCCACAUCUCAUCGUAACCCACAUCUCAUCGAAGACCAACAUCUUACCGUAAGCCCACAUCUUAUUGCAAACCCACAUCUCAUCGUAGAGCAACAUUUUAUGGUAGACCCACAUCAUAUCAUAAACCCACAUGUCAUCGCAGACCCACAUCUUAUCGUAGACCCACAUCUAACCAUAGACCCACAUCUCAUCGUAGACCCUCAUCUCAUCAUAGACCCACAUCUCACUGUAACAUCUCGUUGUAGACCUUUAUCUCAUGGUAGACGUUUAUCUCAUCGUAGACCCACAUCUCAUUGUGGACCCACAUCUCACCGUAGACCCACAUCUCACUGUAGACCCCAUCUCAUCAUUGACCCACAUCUCAUGCUUCUUUGUCACAGCCGCUUCCCAGACUCCUCCUGUCCUGCAAUUUGCUUCUGACUCUGGACUUUUUGAUGUUGUGUCUUGUUGUCGAUGUAUUCUAUUUGUGGGCCUGUGGACAAUGUGGAGGUGCCUAGUUGGUACAUUAGACUCGAUGUGUCUUUAUAAUAGAGAGUCAAGCAUUAUAAUGGACUUUCUGGUUUCCACAGCUCCGGUUCUGCUCAGUUCUCCUCGGGACACAGUGGCCGUGAUUGGUCAGAGCGUCAUUCUGGGUUGUGAAGUUUCUGCACAACCGAUAGCGGAGAUAGAAUGGAGGAAGGAUGGGAUAGAAAGACCACUGCCUAGGGAACACAGCCAUAUCAUCAUUCAGUCUCGUGGAGGGCCUCAGCGGCAUCAGGUGACCGGUUGGCUGCAGAUUCAUCAGGUCAAGCAUAAGGAUGCUGGCGUGUACACCUGUCGAGCUUGGAACAUGUUCGGAGAGGUGUCUGGCUCAGCGAGACUUCACAUCAUAUCACCAGAUUCCCCAUUAGCUUCAGAAGUCACCCAUCACGUCGUGGGGGUGUUCGAUGUGUCAGACGAUGAAGAUGACCUUUCCAGAGAGGGACCUUCAGGGUCAAAUGAGUGAAGAUGAAUAGAAGACCAAGAACUUUGUGUGGUCAGAUAGAAAAUCUUGUCCAUCACGUUAACUUGGAGAAGCGACUUGGACACUUGGAGAGAUUGGUUGGUGAUGCCAACAAUUUAUGGACACGCUGGAGCCGCUCCAUGGUUGGUUGAGCAGCUGGUCUGAUGGUGCCCUUGUUCAUACUGGAGCUGCUGACCCACCCCUCUCCAUGACCUUUAAUGCUGGACCAAACAUGGUUGUAUACUGUCUCAUGAUGUUACAUGGUGUCACCUGUCAGCCAUAUUGGUCCUCAGUGCAGUUUUUGAUACAUCUUCCGGGGGGGUCAUAUAUCAGUGUAGCAGAAGUGGUGACAUGUAUCCCAUAUAUAUCACCAUGUACUAUCACCCUUCACCAAUCAAAUGCAAGACUGAACCACAAAGGGCAUGGUCACCAGUAAUACCCUACGACACAGCGAGUACGCAAUGAUACAGAACUCUUAUUCUCUGCAGCCGUGAUCUGCACGCGCUUCAUCCAGACCACCACUGCCUGCUAUCCCAGCGCCUACUCCUGGGUUGUCUCUGUGCUUGGGCUUUUCUGGUGGGAAUGGGGCCGGGGCUGUAUAUAGAAGAUAUUUACUUUCAUAAAUAAAUAUUGUAAAUACAAAAAAGAACAAUAACUUAGUUAUGUGAUGUCUGUAGGGCGG